AUGAAGAUGUAUAAACUUACAUAUACGCGCAAAAACGCACCAAGCACGCAAAGCCAUCACAUAAAAACCCUAGACAGGCCUGAGCAUAACAAUGGCUGGCGUACAGGGCUCCCCGGAAAGUCCCGUCGACAAAGUCGCUGGCAAAGAACAAGCUUUCGCCAGCUUCUCGUAUGCGACCUCCUGGGUCCCCGCUACGGCUGCGCCGCCCUCCUCAUGCUGUCGGCGACUGCCGUGUUCUGCAUGGCUAUGGUGUCAUCCGCCGCCGGGUACGUGGCGGCGAGGUUUGCGAUCGGCUUUUCGCUGGCGAACUUCGUCUCGUGCCAGUAUUGGAUGAGCACCAUGUUCAACGGAGAGAUCAUCGGCCUCGUCAACGGCGCCGCAGCCGGCUGGGGCAACAUGGGCGGCGGCGUCACGCAGCUCCUCAUGCCGCUGCUCUACGAGCUCAUCCGGGGCGCCGGGGCGCCUUCGUUCACGGCGUGGCGGAUUGCGUUCUUUGUUCCCGGGUGGCUGCACGGGUUGAUGGGCCUGUUGGUGUUAGGCUUGGGCCAGGAUUUGCCAGACGGAAACCCUGGUACCUUGCAGGAAAAUGGAGACGUAGCCAAAGACAAGUUUUCUAAGGUGCUAUGGUGUGCCAUUACAAAUUAUAGAACGUGGAUAUUUUUCCUUCUCUAUGGGAUGUCGCUUGGUGUUGAAUUAACCACUGACAAUAUAAUUGCCGAGUAUUUCUUUGAUAGGUUCAAUCUGAAGCUUCACACGGCCGGCACCAUAGCUGCCACCUUCGGAAUGGCCAACAUAGUGGCCCGACCGGCAGGAGGCCUACUUUCGGACCUGGCUGCCAGGCGGUUCGGCAUGCGCGGCCGCCUCUGGAAUCUCUGUCUCCUCCAGACUCUGGGUGGCGUCUUCUGCAUCUGCCUCGGCCGCGCCGCCACCCUUCCUGCCUCCGUGGCCUCCAUGAUCCUGUUCUCCGCAGGUGCCCAGGCGGCCUGCGGCGCCACCUUCGGCAUCAUCCCUUCAUCUCCCGCCGCUCACUCGGCGUCGUCUCAGGAUCAGCGGGGCGGGAGGGAACUUUGGUUCAGUCCAAAGCACUCCACCGCAGCAGGGAUUACGAAGAUGGGUGUCAUGAUUGUCUUGUGCACUCUGCCGACAGCGCUUGUGCACUUCCCGCAGUGGGGGAGCAUGUUCCUGCCGCCGGCAAAUAAUGUGGAGAGGUAUAGCGAGGAGUGGUAUUACGGGUCAGAGUGGACCGAGGAGGAGAAGCGGAUUGGUUUGCAUACAGGGAGCCUGCGGUUCGCCGCGAACAGCCGGUUGGAGAGAGGCCGCCGGGUUCCCUCUCUAUCCACUCCGUCGGAUUCAACGUCGGCGCAUGUUUAG